CAAUGUCAAAUCAAAUCAAAAUGUCAGCUUUGAUUAUCUGAAUCAGACGAUCUGCCGUUUUAUUAAUUAUCAAAUAAACAUGAAUACCUAGUUCUAGAAUCGUAAGCAUUAACAAUAUAGAGAUAAUGAACUGUAGUAGCCUAAUAUUCAUAUUCGCCUAAUUGAUUAAACACUUAUAAUGUUUGCAGUGUAGUGUUUAGCAUAACAAACCAUUUGAAAGAGUAACAUCGUCUCGCAAGGAAAUUUCGAUAAUAAUAAAACUGCCCCGAUGCCUGUAAGCUUUAAAAACCGAAAGACAACAUGUAUGACAUGUUGUCCGAGUUUCGAGUAUCGGAAUUUGAUUCUUUCGUGGAUAUACUGAAAUUGACUCCUGGUGACCCUUUAAAUACGUUUGGUGAGAUGUGGUACCCCGUGUUCCUGUGGUCGUUGUUCUCUUCGGUGUUUGUGCAUACGUGUGCGGCGCUCGUCGCCUUCGGAACUUUAAGGAAGCACAAGUACGGAAAGUUCUUCCCUGUGUUGUUGAUUGUGAUGGGUGUAGUGAGUCCUGUGACUUCAGGCGUCGCCACUAGUGCCGCAGUCGCGUUCAUAUACCGCGCCGCGAACCUUACCAUGCCCCCUAUACAUGCAAUGAUCUGGGGCAUCGGACAGACUGUACUGGGAGCAGGGAUGGGUUUCACAAGGAUUCUGGCUACUUUGUAAUAAACAAGUUAUCUUUAGCUAAUUACAUCACAGUAUAUGAACAAUAUGAUUGCAAAUGAAAUAAAUUCUGAGUCAAUUAAAAUAGAGUAAUGAUAAUGGGAAUGUAGUGAAAGGAAAGGUGCUGUAUUUUGAUGCAUUACUUCCCUGUUAUACUUAGUUUACAACUAGACUAGUUGGUAUGGUACCCCCAAUAGUAAAUACUCAUUUAAUCUGCUGUAAAUAUAUAUUCCUUAUUAUAUAUAUGUAGCGGCAUAUAUUACACAAUGUGCUUAAUUUUUGUAUAUUAACUAACAUCAUGUCUCACCUAUUUGUAUAAAUAACUUAAAAGUUAAAAAAUAGGAGGUUUGUCAUGAAUGUAACUAUGCAAUAAAAUAAUGAAUUGUUUUAUAGAAUGUAAAUAUGUGCCUACCUAUAAAAUAUAAUGACUGAUGUUUCACAAAAAAAUACAUAUUUCUAGAAUUAGUUUUUCUACUUAAAAAUAUGCAAAGAUAAUAAAAUCUAGUGGCAAUGGUAUUAUUCGACGAAUCCUAGAUAAUGUUUCAUAUCCUUAUGUAAAUGAUAAGUUGUAUGUAAAUGAUGAGUCAGUUCAUUUCAUUUAGUAUCAUAUAAAAUGUAAUGCAUUCCAUGUAAAAAUUGUAUCUAAAAAUGUAUUAUUUGUCAUGUUAUUGUUUAAAGAGUAUAAUUGACACUAAUUUAAUUGCUCAUUAUAAAUUAAUGUGACUUAUUAGGCCCACCGACACCACAGUUUCAUUCUUUUACAGCGUGAGUAUGUUAGUUUUAGCAAUUUAUGUAUUUACACACUUACAAAUAUUUUGCACCUAUAAUGCACAAAACUGCAUAUCUAUCCCAGAUAUGAGUCAUAUUUCAUAAUCAUGUGUUUAAAAACUGACUAUUCUUGCAGUACUGCAUAAAUAUUUUCAACAAUAAUGAAAUCCAUAUCUGGUUAAGUACUUAUGUGUCUGUACAUAAUAUUUACAUUAACUGAGACAAUUUGUUUAUUACCGAAUGAAUUAUUUAUUUAUUACAAACAAUAUUUGUAAGUUGAUUUAGAAUAUAAUGAGUUAACUACCUACUCCAAUGAAUUCUGGUGUUGUAAAGGCUGCUUAAUUCCUAAAUUAUAGGAUUAUGUAAGAUUUAUUUAACUUUUACUAUUUAAAAUCUGAUAUUUAUUCAAAUUAAUUUAUGUAAUGCAUUGUAAAUUACUACAUUUUAAUUGAUAUGUAAAAAUAGCCAUAAAAUGUAGAUGACACAUGUGUACCUUACCUACCCUAAUUGAUGAGCAUUAUUUUUGUUUAAUGCAUACUAUCUGACUAUGGUGAUCUAUGUUUAAAUAGUACUUUGAAUUAUAUUUUUGUGGUUUUGGUCUAAUGUGGCUAUAUGAAGAUUGUGAUAAAAUGCAUAUGUGUGACAAUUAAAACAUAAUAUACUAAAUUAUAAUAACUGCUUUAAUUGGUACAAUUAUAAAUGUGGUAAGGAUUAAAAUAUUGCUGUACCUAAUUGUAUACUAAUGUAUGUAGCAAUAAGGAUACUGCUUGUCUGUAAAAGCCACAGUGUAUGCCUGCAAUGUUUUAACUGAAUUAUUUCAUGUUUGUACUUAUUAAGUACAAAUAAAUAUCAAUAUGUAGAGCAACACUUUAAAACGCAAAGCUAGUGUGAUGUUGUAAAUAGAUAAUGUAGAGGAAUAUUGGAAAAGUAUAAAUCCUUUUCUGUACUUCAAUAUAAUCCAAAGGAAAUAAAUGGUUUGGAUAUAA